CCAGAGUUGGGGGAACUGCUCUAAUGUCAGUUUAUACAUACUUAUUAUAUGCUCAUGUGCACUUAUAAGCCGAGUUAUUCUUCGUUACAUUAAAUUUGAAUGUGAACUCAAGAGGAGCAGCUUAUAAUGAAUCCGUUAACGAAUGUCAAAAACAUCUCCAAACUUGGGCAGCAGGAUUUAGAAGGAAACUUACAAACUUCAUGGCACGACCAAUAUAAAGGAAGUGCUUGGAUCUAUGUUGGCGGCCUUCCAUAUGAUUUGACUGAAGGAGAUAUAAUUUCCAUCUUUUCACAAUAUGGUGAAGUUGUCAACAUUAAUUUGGUGAGAGACAAGUUUACAGGAAAACAAAAAGGUUAUGGUUUUCUCUGUUACGAAGACCAAAGGAGCACCAUAUUGGCGGUUGACAACUUCAAUGGAAUAAAAGUUUUAGGAAGAAUAAUUCGAGUUGAUCACGUAACAAAUUACAAAUCACCCAAGAAUGUGGAAAAAUUAGAUGAAGAGACAAAAAAAUUAAGAAAAGAAGGGUGUGCUCUGAAGUUAAGAUGAUAGCAAGAACAACAAAGAAAACACAUAAGAUAAUUCUCGUAUAAAAUAGCUAUGGCUGAUGACAUGAAGUAAUCAGAUAUGCGUCAUAGAUAAUUUUGUUGUACUAUAUUUAAUGUUACUGUUUCUCGACAAGACUUUUGUUAAAAGUGGAUUGGUACUAUCAGUCUGAAAAAAUGUAAUUAAUUAAUGAAGGAUUGGAAAUGUUGAAUACGAAAGAGCAGCAAUAAAAAGUAAGCAGUGAAUUAUUUGAAUUUAACUGCACAAUAUCCUCUAAAACAAUGAGGAAGGCUUUUUAGGUUCACUAAAAUGUCAUUAACUUGUAUAAAAAAAAGUAUGUAAUUUAUUCGAAAAGUUUCUCCUAGUUUUUUACCAAGACGGAACUUUAAAUAAAAAAAUUGUAAAAUUUCAAAAA